AUGCAUGUUUGUUGCUGUCAAGAGAGUGUGAGAAGAAAACUGAUUGAUAGGAAAUGCUGGACAAUAAUCUACAGCCAUGGAAAUUCACAAGAUUUAGGGAUGUGUUUACCAUUCAUAGAAAAUCUAGCACAUCAAUUAAAAUGUAAUGUUGUUGGAUAUGACUAUACAGGAUAUGGUAGAAAUGAGGGAGAAAGCAGUGAAAGAAAUAGUGUGGAGGAUCUUAGGGAUGUUUGUAAUUAUCUGCAUGACAAUGGAAUAACAUGGGAACGAAUGGUGUUGAUGGGACAUUCUCUUGGAGGAGGAGUGAGUAUUUCAUUUGCAAGUCAGGAAUGUGGGAAAUGGGGAGAAACACAAGAAAUUGAGAUGAAAGAGGAUUUUGAAAGGAAAGAAGAAAAGAAAGAAGAAAAAAAGGAAAAAAAGAUAGGGGGAAUGAUUAUUAUCUCAACAUUCACAAGCAUUUGUGGAGUGGUAAGUAAAUAUGCAGGAAUGGUAAUGACUGAUAUGUUUGAAAACAUACCAAAAUUGAAACAUAUUAAUAUUCCAGUUGAAGUAAUUCAUGGACAAGAAGAUGAGUUGAUAGGAGUUGAUGAGUCAGUAGAAAUCUACAACUCAAUUCCAGAUGAGAUGAGGUAUGGAUAUGAUAUAAUCAAUGGAUGUAAACAUAAUGACAUUCUUGAAAAUGAUGAAUUAAUUAAAGUAAUCAAAAGAUUUCUAGAAAAAACUUUGAGAAAUAUUUAA